UGAAGUAUUGCGUCUGUGUCGGCUCUUUAACACUACUACGAUGUGUCUUCAGAGGAUUUUUUAAAGUUAUCAAACUCUUUCCAAUCAAAUUUGUUCAAAGAGUACAUGCAGAAAACAAUCAGUGUUUUAUAUUUAUACAAUCUUGUGCUUUCUUCCAUCUGCAUAAUCAAUUUAGAUGUUGAUCUUGGAUUCCAUUCUUUCAUGGGGUGGAGUAGUUGACGAACUCGAUGUUGCUCGUAGAUUGGCAUCGUGGAAUAAAAAUGGAUUUCCAGAAUUAGGCGAGACGAAAGGUCCAGAUUUCAAAGGAUUAUUUGGAAAGGUAACGUAGAAAGUAUUAUAAAGUGCAUGUAUUGACUGAAAACGUUUCCUUCGGAUGAUUUAAAAAUGAUUUUUAUUUCGUUUUUAACGAAAUUUUGAUGAACAUUUAAAAAAUGAAGAAUAUAUAUAUCACAUAAUGAUUAUUGUGCGGUCAGGGGUCUUGCAAAAGUCUAAAUAUAGCACCUUUAAUUUUAACCAACAUUCAUACUACUCUUUGCAUUCAAUAUUUUGGCACAGUUGUGGCGUGUGCAUAGGCGAAACACAGGCAACACGAAGAGUGAACUAAUAAGGUGUCGACCAAGCAAACUAUACGCAAUAAUAUUAGUCCGUGUAUUAUAGGGUUGUUGAUUGUCAUGAAUAGAAAGUAAAAAGACGUUCCUUGAUAUUGAAGAAUUUCCCGUUUUUGGUCGCCAAUUCGCGUAGCAAUUGCGCAAUAAAUCGGAUAAGUUUCGUUACUGCACGACUAAAUCAGAGGUGAAAAUUACUGAGUGGAGUACACAGUAUUUUAAAAGAAUGACCAGUGCAUGGAAUCACACUUUGCAAUUUUCUGUUGGUACAAGGUUUCGUAUAUUUUUAGAUUCUGAAUGAUGAAGAAUACACAAAAGAUCCUCAUUUUGUAGCGAAAAUGAUAAGUCAUGAACACCUGUAUUGUUCAAACGCGGCAGUAGCACGGACCGCCAUUUUGAGUAUUCCACAUUUUUAUGACUUGGACGAAGUUUCUUCCAAUGCAGUGAGAAUAUGCAAAUCUACACAUGCCGAUCCCAGGUAAAUAAUAUUUGAACAAGACGAUACGUAUUCUGCUGGUAAGCUGAAUAUUAAACCUGGCUUAAUCC